CACAUCUUACUGUCCACAUUCUACUGAUGCUUUGCAGUACGAUGGAAAUUCAUUAUGUUUAGCCGUGUCGUUACAAUACAUACCUCAAGUGCUGUUUCUGCUGCUGUCAAUACCAACAUUUCUCUAUCUGCACCGCAAAGUGCCAUCAACCAGAAUUCUGCAUCUUCCCCUCCAUGCAGUACGCUGGACGCUCAUACUAGCUCUCCUUCUUGCCUUGUUGGCCGAGAGUGGUCAAACACUGAUGUGAUUGUUUCUUACUUUGUCGCUUACGCUGUGGAAACGAGAGAGCGGCCUUGCUUUCUUAUGGUGCUCGUGCUGACGUGGACUUGCAGUUGUGCGACGAGAGCGGUCUUGAUUCAUGAAUACAGAAGUUGGCCUGACAGUCUGAAAGACGACGUCAGACCAACGACGUGUUAUGUUGUCAUGACGUUCUACGUAUUGUUGCUUUUCGCUGACAGCUACGUCGUCAUUGUUAGUUGGAUAAGAUCAAAUAAAUCAAGCUACGAUGUAUCUGCACCUGCAGAGAAGAAUGAGAAUGACGAUGAGGCAAAUAUGGUGUUCAGACAUGCUUAUGCAAAUUUGUUCUCGAAGAUGAGCUACUGGUGGUUUGGUACACAAAUUUUGCAAGUUGGAUACAAGAAACCAUUGCAGCAAUCAGAUCUUGGUCCGAUACCAAAGAUAGAUUCUUCUGAUGUUGCAUACAGAGUGUUUAAGGCUGCAUGGCAGAAAGAAGUGGCUCAAGCUCAGAUUGGUCAGAGGGAGCCAUCUAUGGGCCGUGCACUUGCAAGGACGCUAUGGAAAACAACUGCAUUUAGUGGACUACUGCUGGCAAUAGGAUAUGCAUUAAAGUUUUAUGGUCCUCUUGCUAUUGGUCUCAUUGUCCAAUAUGCUGAAGACUACAAAGAUGACAAAUUGCGACCUAAUUACACAGACGACCUAACUUUACAAGAGUUCUUCUCUAAUGGAUAUGUGGUCGCCGUCAUGUUUCUGUUGACAACUGUGGCAUUUAGUGUGUUUACACAAUAUCAUCAUUUGAUCAUGUUUCGGGUCGGUGUGUUCAUGCAAACUGGAAUUCGAGCAAUGGUAUAUGAGAAAUCUCUAAGACUAGCAAACUGGUCUGGUGGACAGUCAGGUUUGACAACAGGUUUGCUCAUUAAUCACAUGUCAAGCGACACAGAAAGUUUUCCACCUAUGGGGUUUCUUGUCAAUCAGGUGUGGGCAAUACCACUGCUGGUGGUGGCCUCUAUUAUUAUUCUUGUAUUUGUCCUGGGAUGGUCUGCAUUGAUUGCGUGUGUUGUAAUGUUAGCAAUGAUACCGAUUCAAGGGAAAAUUGCAGCAAUUUUGUCUCGAUAUCAACAAGACAAUCUGAAAUUGAGUGAUGAAAGGUUGAAGAAAGUCAAUGAAUUGCUGCAGGGCAUGAAACUGCUGAAGCUUUAUGCAUGGGAAGAGUCAUUUCGGAAAGCUGUAGAGGUUGUGCGACAAUCUGAACUGAAAGUGCUUCUUAAGCUGACAUUGCUUCGUGGAAUGAUUUUGUUUAUUACCAAUGUGACUCCAGUGUUGAUCACUUUGGUGGCAUUUGGUAUGUACACCGUUUUGUCAGAUGAUCCAUUGACUGCUGGCAAGGCAUUUACAGCACUAGCUUUGUUUAAUUUGAUGCGAUCUCCAAUGCUUCUGCUGCCUUUCUUGAUUAACAUAAUGGUCACAUCGCAUGUCAGUCUGAAACGACUAAACAAAUUUUUUUGUGCAAGAGAACUGAAGCAACCACUAAAAGGUCAGUCUCUGAGUCGCUUGAAGUUAGAAGCAGUGGAGAGCAGAAACUUACCUGAUGGAUUGGAUGCAGAAAUCACAAAUGGCACUUUUUGUUGGGAAGAAGAAAAUCAGCAACAGCCGACACUUAGUGACAUUAACAUUUCAAUUCCCCAAGGCAAGUUGACCAUGGUUGUUGGUCGUGUUGGUUCUGGCAAGUCUUCGUUAUUAUCUGCACUUCUUGGUGAAAUGUCUGUAUUGUCAGGAGCAGUAACUUGGAGAGAGUAUGUGUCUGACUAUUCUGUUACAAACCCUUUGUCACUUGUUCCCUAUCUGGCAUUUUAUAGCCAAAAUGUUGCUAUUGCAUAUGGAUCUCAGAAAGCAUGGCUACUGAAUGACUCACUGAAACAAAACAUUUUGUUUGGCAAAGACCUGGAUAAUGAAAAAUACUCAGCUGUACUAGAGGCUUGCGCUCUAAAUCCUGAUCUAGAGGUGCUUCCUGCUGGCGAUGAUACAGAGAUUGGAGAAAAAGGUAUUAAUCUAAGUGGUGGUCAGAAGCAAAGGGUUAGCGUAGCUCGAGCUAUCUACUCUAACUCAAGAGUUGUACUUUUGGAUGAUCCAUUGUCUGCAGUUGAUGUUCAUGUUGCAGAACAGAUGUUUGAGAAGGGUAUUGUUGAACUGUUGCUGAAGCAAGGAAGGACUGUUGUACUAGCUACACAUCAUCUUCGCUAUCUCAAUCAAGCAGACGUGAUUGUAGUCAUGGAACAUGGUCGUGUGUCACACUGUGGCACAUACAACGAAAUCUGUGAGAGAGAUGCUAAAAUGCGUCGUGUAUUCCAAUAUUGCAACAGCUUAGAGGAUGAUGGUGAUGAUAAUGAUGACGAUAAUGAUCAACAGCCAGUGGAGGAGAAUAAUGAUGUGACUGCAUUUCAGCAUCAAAUCAGUCGUGAAAGUGUUCGAAGUAGUCGAAGUGGUCGUAGUCAGCAUAACACAGACCAAAAGUCACUUGCAUCACAAUGGAAAGGAAAGAAAGAUGGUGAGUUGAUGAGUAAAGAAGAACGCGAAAUAGGAUCUGUCAGUUUUCGUGUCUAUUUACGUUACUUUGGUUCAUAUGGUCUUCCACUGCUUCUCCUUGUUGUUUGUACUGCUGUCGUGAUUGAAACAUUACAAGCUGGAACAGACUUUUGGCUCUCAAAUUGGUCAACUGCAAAUAGUAGCGAUCCUACUGAGAAGGGAACAAACUACUAUAUAGGAGGCUACAGUAUCCUGUCAUCACUAACAGUACUGGCUGGCUUAUUAUUUUCUUUGGCAUUUGCCUUUGCUACCAUUAGAGCAUCAAGGAAUAUACAUGCAGCAAUGCUCAACAGAAUUGUGCUCGCUCCUGUUAGAUUUUUUGAAACCACACCAGUUGGCCGUAUUCUUAAUCGUUUCUCAUCUGAUACGCGAGCCAUGGACUUGAUGCUUCCUGUCAUUUCUCAGCUCUGCGCUGAGGCAGUUAUGCAAGUUAUUACAGCAUUCAUUGUUAUAGCUGUUGUCACUCCUUUCUUCUUGCUGGCUGGAGGUCCUGUCUUUAUUGUAUUUUAUAUUGUUCAAUACUACUUUAGACGAUCUCAGAGAGAGAUUCAGAGGACUGUGAGUGUCACACGCUCACCAAUUUAUGCCAAUUUUUCAGAGAUGCUUAGUGGUCUGUCAACAAUACGAGCUUAUCGUCGGCAGGUUGAUUUCAGAAGGAAAGUUCGAAGGGAGAUUAAUGACCAUGCCUCAGCAGUGCUUUCUCUUCAGACUGGUAAUCGAUGGUUGGGAGUACGUUUGGAGUUCCUCGGUGGUAUUGUCGUGUUAUUUGCUGCCUUGUCAUCUCUGUCCGCUGCGCUUUCUGGGACCAUAGGAGCUGGCCUUGUUGGUUUAGCUGUGGCAUACUCGUUAAAGAUUGUUCUUGUUCUCAACUGGCUGAUUCGACAUGUUACGGAUGUAGAAAUUAACAUGAAUGCGGUGGAACGUAUCAACUAUUACUCUAGAAUUGACAUAGAACCACAGCCAUCUUUAGAAGACAUGCAGCUCCCAAUAGAUUGGCCUGCUAGGGGAGCAAUUGAGAUCAGAAAUUUGGAAGUGCGGUAUUCCAAAGGCCUUGAUCCUGCUCUGCAUGGUGUUACUGCAUCUGUUAAUUCUGGUGAAAAGGUGGGGAUUUGUGGUCGGACUGGUAGUGGCAAGUCAUCCAUGAUGCUGGCACUGUUCAGAAUUAUCGAGAUAUGCAGAGGUGAUAUUGCAAUUGAUGGCAUAAAUAUCUCUCAAAUUGCACUACAGAAACUUCGAUCUCGAUUGGCUAUAAUUCCCCAGGAUCCUGUUUUGUUUGCUGGCUCUGUCAGGUAUAACCUUGAUCCAUUAGACCAUCACGGGGAAAAGGAGCUGUGGGAGUCUCUAGAAGUUGCUCAGCUACACAGUGUGGUUUCUAAACUAGACAAGGGUCUUGACAGUGAAGUAAGUGAAGGUGGUGAUAACUUCAGUGUUGGCCAAAGACAGCUGUUUUGUUUGGCUCGUGCUUUUCUGAGAAAAACUCAGAUCUUAGUUAUGGAUGAGGCAACAGCAUCUGUUGAUGUUGAGACGGAUGCUAUCAUACAGAAGGUGAUUAGAAGUGUGUUUGCUGAACGGACCGUUCUUACAAUUGCUCAUCGAGUAGCAACCAUUCUUGAUUCUGACCGAAUCCUUGUGCUCGACAAUGGUAAAGUGGUAGAAAAUGAUUCUCCACGUAAUCUACUUUCAAAGUCAAAUGGUAUUUUUGCAUCAUUGGUGCAUUCAAACAAAUGACUUAGUGAAAGGUGUCUCCAACUAGUCAUAUAUGUAUUUGUCUGUGGUGGACACUCUUACUAUUAAUUAGGCUAUAUUGUCAUUAUAUAUAUAUAGGUGUGACACAAUAAAGUACAGGAUCAACAGA